AUGUCGUAUCAACCAUAUAAUCAGCCACCACCAUAUACUCAACAACCAGGUUAUCCACCACCAGGAUCUGCCGGAUAUGUUCCUCAACAAGGAGGAUAUUAUCCACAAGGACAACCAGGAGCUUAUUAUCCACAACAACCACAUGUUGUUGUCGUAGAAGAACGUCGUGGAGGUGGAAGAAGCGGAGGAAGUGACAAUUGCUGUCUCGUUGCUCUUUUGGCGUGUUGUGCUGGAUGUUGUAUUGCUGAUUGCUGUGACUGUUGUUAG